CAUCCGUUAAAUUUCAAAUGAAACAGCAUACACGCCGUCAAGCAAGGUUUUCGAGUGAGUCGCAGUCCGAGCGAGAUUUGCGUUGAAUUUAAUAGUCAGUAAAGCGGGAAUCUGUGCGUAAUUGUAAGUGAAUAAUAAUGGCGCGCAACAAUAUCUACUAUUCGGACAAAUAUUACGACGACAAAUACGAGUACAGGCACGUCGUCCUGUCCAAGGAGCUCGUGAAAUUGGUGCCAAGGACCCAUCUCAUGUCAGAGCAGGAGUGGAGGGCCAUUGGAGUCCAGCAGAGCCAGGGCUGGGUGCAUUACAUGACUCAUCAACCUGAGCCACACAUCUUGUUAUUCAAAAGAAAAAUAACUUCACCACCACCGGAGCAGUAAUCCGAUCGAAUUCAGUGUGCCGAGCUUGAUGUAUGGAAACGGGAUCAUUGUUGUUGUUCAAAAUAGCUUACUUCUAGUGAAUUCAUAGAUGGCGUCUACUUUAACUGCACAUGGCAAAUGAAAAUGCGCAGCAGCACGUUAGUGACAUUGAUAACAAUCAGAAUAUAUUAAAACAAGCAAAAACGAAAACAAAAUGCAAAACAAUACUACGGCUAAAAAUGUCAAUGAACAAAAGUAAAUGAACGGCACGUUUUGAAAUGUACUUCUAGGAUCCCCUCUUAAUUUGCAAAUAACUACGUCAAUAACAAUCCUUGCAAGCAAGCUCUUCUUACUCUUUUAUUUUACUUCUAAUUUUGUCAUUCCUCGCAACGACAAAAGAAGUAUAUUGUAAAUAUGUCUAUAGUGUGUUCUAGUUUGUAAUUCUCCGUUCUCAGCAUUAACAUUUAACUAAUAUGAAAGCCAAGAACAAACGAAGAAAAAACGAAAAAAGAUAGCAUCAACUAAAAACAUCUCUUGCUCGGUCCUGACGAUUUGAAUCGAUAUCUCA